AUGUGGCCUUCCAGCAGCACAUGGAUGCUGCAUCAAGGCUGUACAUCCCAGGGGCUUUGGGAACACUGGGACAGGGCCCUGUUCAUGGGGUUUCUCUCACAGGUUGGGCACGAGCCACUACCUCCAACCAUUGGGAGAAAUGUGCUGGGAAGGAAAGUCCUGUACUUGCCAGGCUUCUUCACCUACGCCAGACACAUUGUGGAAGUGGAUGGGAAAAGAGGCCUCUUCCGUGGGCUGACUCCUCGCCUCAUCUCAAGCACUUUAUCAACCAUCACCAGGGGGAGUGUGAAGAAGGCUUUUCCACUGGAAGACAUGGAGCAUGUGUCUAACAAGGAUGAUGUGAAAACUUCCCUUAGGAAAGUGGUCAAAGAGACGUCUCACGAGAUGAUGAUGCAGUGUGUGUCCAGGGUUGUCUCACAUCCGCUGCACGUGAUCUCCAUGCGCUGCAUGGUCCAGUUCGUAGGCCGAGAAGUCAAAUACAGUGGUGUGUUCAGUGCCAUUGGCAGGAUAUUUAAGGAAGAAGGGAUCCUGGGAUUCUUUGUUGGGUUAGUCCCUCACAUCCUGGGGGAUGUCAUCUUCCUCUGGUGCUGCAACCUCUUGGCUCACUUCAUCAACACCUAUGCAGUGGACGAUAACUUCAGCCAAGCAUCAGUGAUCCGGAGCUACACGAAGUUUGUGAUGGGGAUUGCUGUGAGCAUGCUGACGUACCCAUUCCUUCUUGUGGGAGAUCUCAUGGCAGUGAACAACUGUGGGUUGCGUGCUGGGCUCCCUCCCUACGCUCCUGCCUUUGCAUCCUGGAUCCACUGCUGGAGGUAUCUCAGUGCUCAGGGACAGCUGUUCCGUGGCUCCAGCCUGUUGUUCCGCAGGGCUCCAAUCCCUGCUGCCUCCUUCCCCAUCGACUGA